AGUGCAGAGGUUGGGACGAGUUCUCCCUGUGUUUGGGGCUGGUAAAGUGUUUGUCAAUCACAUAUGUUUCUUAUGUGUGUUUCAGGUCCAGCUCCUUAUAAUGUCAGGCGAAAAUUCGUCAGAGCCAAAGAUUCUGAACCUCUUUAUUUUUAAUGCCAGCUACGGACAGAAGGAAGGCCAUGAACAUGAGAAGAUAUUGUUUUAUCACCCCAGUUCUAGUGACUUAGACACUCAAGUACGACAAGUGGGUUUGGCCGAGGCAAUUACUAGGUUUUCAAGAACUUUCAAGAAAGAUGGUGACUGUGAAGGAGUGCACACACAGAAGACAAGGCAGGUGUUUUACCAGGCAGAACCUGAUGUAUGGUUGGUUUUGACAGUUGGCAUUGGAUGGAUUUCCAAAGUGCGUGAAACAGGGCCAGUGCGAGAAUACCAGAGUGAGGGUGUGCAGGAUGUGGUAUUGCGGGCAAGACUCAUCAGCCUGUACCGAUCCUUCACGCUGCAACACGCCUCCUUCGCCAGUGUUUCGGCAUCGGCAGGGCUACACAGUUUAAGAUCAACUCUCAACACCUUUGUAAAUUCUUACCUGUCGUCAGUGGAGAUGAGCGGUGGAGACAUCCUGGCAGUGUGGUCAGGGGUUUCCUUCUUGCCACUUGACAGACAAACAUUCUUGAGGAUUCAUUGCUGCCUCUCCCUUCUUCAGUCAUCUUUCCCAAAUAUCAGUCAUACAGCCUUCUUCUACAAUCAUCAUGUCGUCUGGUGUGGUUUGGGAAUGGAGGACCUUCGAUCUCUUUCUCAGUACCUGAAUAAUCAGCUGCUUCCAGGCCGCCUGGAAGCCAGUCAUCAGAAAUCUUCCUCCACACCCACUAGCUAUCUCGCCAGGUACAAGAUCCCUAAGUACAAGUUUGUAGGUAUUGGGGUGACUCCAAGUAUUCAGAUACACGUGUGUGGUGAGGAUGGCGAACUACAGUCAUAUCAUCUACUAGUCUACACCUUAGCUGGAGCUACUGUGUGUCUCACUCUCCCAGAGACAGAAACAUUAACACCAUCAAUAUAUGAAAAAAUUGAUCGACUAUUAGAAGCCAAAGUGUCACAACUAGCAAGCGACAUAGGGGAACAAAUUAACAAGAAAGGCAGCGCUGGAACAAGUUGUGACAGCAGUAGCAGCAGCUCUUUUAGAUACGUCUACCAUAACCAUAUGAACCUUGCCACGAAGACGACUGUUCAUGGAUCAAACCAAUCUCUACCUGUGGAAGUGAUGAGAACAAUAGGGGACAUGUACACUGAUAUGAAAAAGUGCAAUAGUGGAGAAUUAGUUGUGAAAACAUCCCAAGAUCACUGGGUUGUAGGACGUAGUGGAGAUGGUAGAGAAUUUUAUGUUGUUGUCAGCCAUAAAAAUGCCAACCUUGUAGAGGUCACAGAUGAAGUUAACCGUAUGUGUGCCAGCCACUUCAGUAACAUCUUCAUGAUAGAAUGAUACUGGUAGAGACGGCUUAGAUCAUAAGUUUUUAUGACUUAGGGUCCCGUUGAUCUUCAGGUAUUUUUGAUACUAGGUCAUAUUGAUCAUAUGUUUUGUACAGGUUCAGUCCCAGUCCAUAUGAUUGCCAAAGCUUAAUACUAUAUCAUGAUGGAGUAAUGAUCCAUUAGCAUAUCUUCAAACCCUUUUUGUAUUUAUAUUUAAUUUUAUAGGAGAAGUAAUGUACUUUUACACCCUUUUCCCCAAGAGAGAGAGUUCAUAUGAUGAUGAGGGUCAUUAUAUGAGCCAUGCAGUUUAUUAAACUAUGUUUGGCCAUCCCAGGCAGAAUUUGCUUCAGAGUACAAUAAAAUAGCUCCAGUAGAUGCUUGGAUUGAACCUACUUUUAGCAACCUUAUCUGUGGAGGAGUUUCUGACAGUGUUGUGAAAUUACAUUUUAAAAUAGGACCUACUUAAUUAUAAUUCUCUUGUAUGUAGGUUUGAUUAUAAUUUCCCCGGGUAUGAUUCCUUGGCUCAGUAUUUUCUUUGUUGAUUAAAGUUUAUGUUAUGCCAUUCCUUCAAACUUGAUUUUUAUUUUAUUUUAUUAAUUUGUUUUUGCAAAAUUUUUCCUGCUACGAUAACCAGUUGGUCAUACUCUCUGUCUGUAAGUUAGUUUCAUGUGCAUAUUAAUUGAGAAAACUGCAAGUACAUAAAUCUGUAAUGGUUUAUACAGUAUUAGGCUAUAUACUGUACCUUAUAGUAUUAGGCUAUAUACUGUACCUUAUACAAAGACUUUGGUUGGGAGCUUUAUAGCCUCAUUGGUCCUUGGGAAUUAUUUAAGGUUUUACAGAGAAAGUAUCUGUUAAGUGGCAGUGUGAGAAACCAUCCAUGCUUACCAAUAAGUUGUAGCUAAUUUGGGCUUUCUGAAGGCCAUGUUGAUGUCCUGAAUGUUUAUUGUACUCCAGCGUAUGAAAGUUAAUACGCUUCUCUCUAAGUGAAGUGGUUUGUGCAACUGAUAUGGGGAUUCAUUUUAAAAGGAUAUGUUUUACUGUUAGAAGUAUUUAUUAUUUUCUAUUUUCAUAUUUAUGAAGUUUAUAUGACAGUGAAUGAAGGGAGAGCCUGUCUUGAUCUUUAUUCUGCCCUCCCACCCACCCUGCAUCAUAGUGGGUAAAGGCUUGCAAGAAUAAUUUAUAUAUAUAUAUAUAUAUAUAUAUAUAUAUAUAUAUAUAUAUAUAUAUAUAUAUAUUAUGAUAUUUUAAAAAUUCUGUACAGUGCUGUUCCCCCAAAUAUUGGAGAGAUAAUGUUUGUAAGUUUAUUAUUAUAUACAGUAUAAUGUAAUUGAAGAACUUUAUAUGUCAUUCUUGAGGUGUACAUAAUUAUGCUUGGAUUUUGGAGAAUGAUUCUAAUGUCAGAAUGUAUACAUGUGCUACAACAAGUUUUUAUCAUCAUUGUUUUGUUUAAAUAUGCUGUGAUUUUACAAAUUUAAUGUUUAGAAUAAUUAAAUUCAUAAAAUGCAGUAUUUGAAUCUAA